AUGCACUUUCUGUUCUGCACGUUCAGCGUCUGGGUGACGCAGGGACUUGGAUUGGUGAAGCGGACGUCCAUUCCAAAGCGCGAUGUUCUCCUUUUUGCACUGGUGGCAGACAUCUCAAUCCUUGCGCUGAACCUGUCCCUCAUGAUCAACACGGUCUCGUUCUACCAGAUCGCCAAGCUCCUCAUCAUCCCCUUUGUGUGCUUUGUGGAGUGGUUUUACAUGGGCCGCACCUUCACGCGUGAGGUCGCGACGACCAUCCUCGUGGUCAUCAUCGGCGUCGCCAUUGUGACCGUGGAGGACCUGCGACUGAAGAUAUCUGUGACUGGGGCGUGCAUCGCCGGCGUCUCCGUGGUCUCCUCCGGCCUCCAACAGAUCUUCGUGCGCAGCCUGCAACAGAAGCAUGGCCUCAGCAGCCACGAGCUGCUGUCGAACACGGCCCCCGCCCAGGCCUGGACCCUGCUGGUCGUGGGGCCAUUUGUGGACAAGGUGGUGUCCGGCGGGUGGGUGUUCCACUACACCCUCACCCACGGCGCCCUGGUCUGGCUGAUUGGCUCCUGCAUCCUGGCAGUGCUGGUGAACAUCACCCAGUUCAUGUGCCUAGGCCGCUUCUCCGCCGUCUCCUUCCAGGUGCUGGGCCACUCCAAGACGGUCAUGGUGUUGCUGGGUGGCUGGUUGUUCCUGGGCGAUGAGCUGUCGCCGCGCAAGCUGCUGGGCAUGACCCUGGCCGUGGCCGGCAUGGUCUGGUACGGCAAGGCCUCCGCGGCGGCGCCGGUGCCCGCCUCCAAGCGCGCCGUCAGCCCCGCGCCGCUGGGUCUGGGCGGUGAUGCGGAGGGCGCCGGCGGGCCGCUGCUGGGCCGGGCGCGCAGCGUGUCGGGUGACGGCCGCAUCACAGUGGGGCCCGUCGCGGGCAAGAUGCGGGACGUGGUGUGA